CCCCAUCCUCGCCCCCAGCCUCCCGUCCUCACCCUUCCCGCUGGCCGUCGCUGGCGCAGCUCCUCUUGCACCUUACCUCGCGCUGCCGCUGCGUCUGCGCGUCUCUCGUCGUCGACGCCUCUGCUGCACCACUCUGCACCGGCUCCCACUCUCUCUCGUACGCCUCUCUGGCGGCCCACGCGCGUCACCGCCCACGCGUGCCUGCGUGCUGCCGAGCGCCACGCGCCAUCCUACCACCCUCACCGUGCGCUGCGGCUCGCUCCGAGCACAGCCGAGCUCGCGGCGGGCGGCGCUCCGCACCUCGCGCGUCUCUGCGACGCUAGGCCCGACCGUCCAGCCGUACUGCGUCCGGCUGCGGUGCGAGGCCUGGCGUGCGCGUCUCUCUCGCCAUGAUCGUGCCUCCGCGCGACCUGGGCGCCGGUGCGGCGGCGCUGUGGCGCUAUGCGGCGGCGCCCAUCGGCGACUCGCUCGAGCACCGCUCGCUCGCUGCGCGCGCCACGACCGACGAGCGCGGGCCGCAGCUGGCGACGCCGGCGAACAUCGUCGAUCUCGUCAUCUGCAUCCUGUCCUUCCUGGGCGCACUGGCCAUCAUCCUGCCCUACCUGCUGAACAAGAGGGCACGCAAGCUGCGGCACUCGCUUAUCCUUGGUCUGGCGACCAGUGACCUCGUGACGAGCCUCAUCAUCAUCGCCUCGACGUCCUUCCUUCUCGCAGGCGGCGACCUGGCCAACUCGAAGCGCUUCUGCGACUUCGUCGGCUACUCGCUCGCCUCGUCCAUCUUCUCGCAGCACCUGUGGAACAUGGGCAUCGCGAUCGUCACGUACAUGAUCCUUGUGCAUCCGUUGAACAACGUCACGGCGCUCAUGGAGCGGCACCUUAUCUGGCUGUGGCCGAUCAUCUGGGGCAUCUCGCUGAUCGUCAACGGCAUCUCGUGGCGCAUCGCCGGAUGGUCCAACGCCGGCGGCUUCUGCGCCUUUGGCAACCAAGGCGGACGGUACUACGGCGCGAUCAUCAGCUUCGUGCCUCGUGGCCUCGUCGUCGUGAUCAUCAUCGUCCUCUACACACAUCUCUUCUUCUUCCUGCGGCGGACGAACCUCUUCUCGGCCGUCUCGCACCGCUCUGCGUCGCAGGAGGCCGGCAACGGCACCCGGGGCAGGAUCGUUGGUCGCACCAGUCUGCGGGCCGACAGCGACGAGUCGAGCCGUGCGCCCGUCUCACGCUCACGACGGCCCAGCAACGACCCUUCGCUGCACCAUCUGCACCAGAUGGACGGCGAGCGGAGCAACGCCGGCACCAUGUCGCGCCGCACCAGCUUUCCGACUGGCCUGCUGCGCUACAUUCCGACGUUCAACUCGUCCCGCAGAGGCAGCGCGGCGAGCUCGUCGUCGAAGCGCGCCGACAGCGCCUCGACGCAGACGCCCAAGGACGUCUUCCUCUCCGGCGCCGAGGACGAGGGCAUGGAGAUGGGCGAGUGCAACCGGCAGCGCAUACUCUCCUUUGCCACGACGCCGUCCAGCCCACCACGGAGCAACGAGGGCGCAUCGUCGGACGGCCGGCAUCAGAGUGCCCGGCCAGAGAUCGGCAUCGUCGAGCCGGACGAGGGCCCGGUCAGCAUGCCCUCGAGCCCGCAGCAGCCGCGUGACGAGACGUUCUCUUCUACGGCGCAGCUGGUCGAGCCUCCUCGGCCAGGAAACGCACGGCGGCCGAGCACCGCGGACGAUGCUGGCGGCCGGCCGCGGCCAGCCAAGCUCAGCCUCGCGGCGCGCCAUGUCAGCGCCAGCAUCGAGCCAAGAGCCGACGCACACGACGAUGACACCGCGGCCGACGAUGAGUCGGACGACUUCUCGCUUGAUCCGUACAAGCCGCUGCAGCGCAUGAAGCCACGGCGAGACGUGCGCGACUUCCAGAUGAUCUCGUCUCCACGCGAGCACCUGAAGCACUACGCGCUCAGUCCUAUGCGGACGCAGGGCGUGCCGCGGCCGCCGGGCACCGACUCGGGAUCCAUGUCGCAUCCCGCCUCGCCGCGGACAGCCAAGGCUCCGCUGGAUCCGACGUCGGAAGACGUCUACGAGGGGCGUGAGAAGGGCGUGCAGCCAAGAUUUGACGACAUGCUUGGCGAGGACUGGACAUGGGGCAUGGAGGUGGGCGGUCAGGAUACCUCGGCAGCGCCCGCACCCGUGCCGGCUCCUCACGUCCGGCAUGCGGGCAGCCGCAAGGACCGCAAGCGCUCCAAGUGGUGGCGACACUCCUCGAGACACGCCGGCGGGCUCGGCGGCCACGACCGCACAGAUGCGAACGGUGUGGCAAGCACCGGCAGCACUGUGGACGAGCACGGCGUCGAGUCGCUCGGCAGCACGCUCAACCGCCAGGCGAGCGUGCUCAUGCUGCUCUACCCGCUGGCGUACUGCCUGCUCUUCUCCGUCUCGAUUGCGCGCAUCAUCACCGACUUUACGCGGCCCGCACCCGUGGGCCGUGUCAAGGACCCCAACGAGCCGCUGCGUGCCGUCUCGCGCUGGUUCAUCUUCGCGCAGGGUGCCUUCGACGCCAUCAUCUUCCAGAUUGUCGAGCGCCACUUCCGCAAGCGCAUGAAGCGCAAGCGCCAGAUCGCCGCCGGCGAGGCCGUGCCGCAGACGUGGUGGGAGCGCCUGCGCGACUACCUCAUGCUGCGCCAGCCGCCGCCGCGCGCGUCCGCCACGGCGCCGUCGCAGUGAUCGCUCGACCCAUCGCCUCGCCCGUCUGCUGCAGCUCUCUCUGUUCGCCGCCCCAUUGCCCCUCCGGGCGCCUCACUCAUCAGCAACGUCCUCCAUCCCGUCACGAACUCGUCACGCAUACCACGCCUGCACCGCAUGACCGACGGAAGCGCACUCCACACCACUGCCCUCUCUGCCCUGCCUGCGACCCGCCUUACUUCUCACCUGUACUCUGCCACACCUCGUCUCGCUAUUUCUCAUAAUACAGUCGGACUACUUGUUACUACUUCAGGCGUUCGUCAUCAGCCCUCUGCGGCCCUUCGUCGCGCUCGCGGCGACCAGGUGGACGC